ACCCUAUAAAAGCUGAGCCGCUGAAGUAGGCAAACAUUACAUGGGUGAAGCAGCAGUAACCGCCUGAGCUAGACACUGUUCCAGCUGCAAAGAUGGCUCAGACAAACCCUCUGCCUGUCCCCAUGGGCCCAUGGAAGAGCGUUCGGAGCAGAGGCCGGGAGAACCGCCAGCCACAGCCCUGCCACCCGCCCGUCCCAGAACGGCUCCGCUCCUCUCUCCGGACGGCACCGCUGCCCCGGGAUCUGAACUCCGCAGGGAUCACCGUGUACGACCAAGAAAACUUCCAGGGCAAGAGGAUGGAGUUCACUUCGGCUUGUCCAAACAUCAUGGAGUGCGGCUUUGACAACAUCCGCUCGCUGAAGGUGGAGUGUGGAGCCUGGGUUGGUUAUGAGCACACUGGCUUCUGUGGGCAGCAGUUCAUCCUGGAGAGGGGAGAGUACCCACGCUGGGACGCCUGGAGCGGCAGCAACGCCUACCACAUCGAGCGGCUGAUGUCCUUCCGCCCCGUCUGCUCUGCUAAUCACAAGGAAUCCAAGAUCACUGUCUUCGAGAAAGACAACUUCAUCGGCCACCAGUGGGAGAUAGGUGAUGACUACCCCUCACUGCAGGCCAUGGGCUGGGCCAACAACGAAGUGGGCUCCAUGAAGAUCCAGUGCGGCGCCUGGGUUUGCUACCAGUAUCCUGGGUACCGUGGCUACCAGUACAUCCUGGAGUCCGACCACCACGGAGGAGACUACAAGCACUGGAGAGAGUGGGGUUCGCACGCCCAGACCUCUCAGAUCCAAUCCAUCAGGCGUGUCCAGCAGUAGCUCCCCUCUUCAGAAUAUCUCUGCAAGGUUUCUAAAGCUCACCAGCUCCCUUUUGGUGCUAAUACUCCCCUCCCAAAAUAACCAUCCCUUCUUGUACUGCAACUGCUUAUGGAACAAC